AUGUCUCUCUCUGAUGUUUGGGCAUCCGAUGAAGAGGAAAAUAUUACAACUUAUGAUAAAAAAAUUGCAGAACGUGAAUGGGGGCGCAUGAAUGAAAUAUAUGGAAAUGUUGGCUAUAAAGAUGGUAUAGAGGAAGGCAAAGAAAAUACACUCCAGCGUGGAUUUGAUGAUGGAUAUGUAGAAGGCGCUCGUUUUGGCAUAGAAUUUGGCCGAUUACGUGGAGUGUGCAGUACUAUAUUGGAGUCCAUUUCACGGGAUAUCGAUGUAGAUCAAGGUUGCACAACGAGUAAUAAUCUUGAUCAUUCCCUAAUUGCACAAUUGAGAACUUUGAUGAAUGAUUUGGCCAAAUUGACAUAUGACGAUGUAUUUACCAAAGAUUAUUUUUUGUCGAAUUAUAUGGAGAAUACAAGGGUGUUAAAAGAUGGUGAUGACAAACUUACAAAUGUGCAUAAUGUUCAAGGGAGCUUAACAACAAAAUGCUCUUGUAAACAUCUCGAUGAUCAACAACAAAAACAGCAAGAAGAUAAUAAUUUGGUUGGAUGUUGUCAAGGGAAUCAGGAAAAAUGUGAUAAAUCAACUGGUAUUGAUAAUCUUGAUGAUAACAUGUCUAAUUUAAGACUUGAAUUAUUACCAGAUCGCGAUACCUUACCGAUUAUAAAUAGACCAGCUGAAAAGCUAUUGUUGGAGUAUCGUGAUAAAGUCUCUGAAAUUUUAAAAAAGCUUGGAUUUGAUGUUGAUUUUUUUCUUGGAAGAUAA